GACUUCGUCGUCCUCUUCAGUCGCCAAGUUUAGCAGGCUAACGAUACUGUCUGCCUCCUGCCUCCGGCUGAAUUUAGGGUUAUACCGAAGCAAAAGGCCGCUGCUGCCAGAACAUUCCUCCGACUGCGCGAGUCCGUUGUCGGACGGUGAGCUGUACAUUUUAGUAUGGGAAAUAACGAUGACAUGACAAAAUAAAACGCUUAAUUCACCACGCUGCCCGAUAAAAAAUAAAAAUAAAAAAGCUGUCCCAUGUCUGCAAUGAGAUGAGUCAAACUCUACGUUAAAUCCCAGUUUGUGAAAAUGUACAACGGCAGAAAAGUCCGAAAAGCUGUAUGAAAAAUGCCAUAAGGUUCACCAUGUUAAUGGAUAGCCAUGUUUUGCGUUCCCCAGCCUUACAGGGACCAUCUGACAAUAUGCGUAUUAAGCCAAAAGGUUAACUUAUUUAUUCUAUUUAAUCUAUGUUUUUGUAAAAUAAAAUAAAAAAUUAAAGUAAAAUUAACAUAAGCGCAUUUGAAAAAUAUGAAACUAAAAAGUCAAGACACUGAGGUUGUCCCUGUAGUUAAAAAGUCGUCUUUUCGUUUUUAAAAACUGGAUAAUUGCACAUUCACCCUGACACGUCACGGAGUCGAUUUGGUGAUGAAAUAAUAUUAAGCUUUAGGCAACAGCUUUGAAAAUACUUGCUCUAACAGUGCCAUUUAUUUUACUUUUUCGCUACUAUUGUAUUUAUUUUUGAGGCUGUGUUCUUACACACUCAUUAUAUUACUGUUUUGCUGCUUUUAAUAGGAAGCUGCGCUGUUCCGCGCACACGUGACGCUCGCGAGCAAUCUGCGCAGUUCGCGCGGGACUUGCUUUAGGUUUGUGUUUACAGCAUGGUGUCGGGUAGUGGAUGUACUGGCAAGCAGUGGCAAUGAUACUAUUUGACAGAAGGGACGGCAGGGACUAACUAUUCAGUGUUUUACAGAAAAAACUAAUUUAAACUCUCACGUCACUCCACUCUUAGAGGAUGUCUGAUGCAUGCUCUGAACCUGCCGGGGCCAUCAGAGCUAUUGAUAAGCACUCGGUGCAUCAGAUUUGCUCAGGACAGGUGGUGCUGACUUUGGCCACUGCUGUCAAAGAGUUGGUGGAGAAUAGCAUUGAUGCAGGAGCCACCAACAUUGAUGUCAAGCUGAAGGAGAGUGGAGCUGAACAAGUGGAGGUGGCAGACAAUGGCAAAGGUGUUGAGGAGGCCAACUUUGAAGGACUGACACUGAAGCACCACACAUCAAAGCUGAGGGAUUUCUCUGACCUCAUCCACGUGGAAACAUUUGGGUUCAGAGGUGAAGCCCUGAGCUCUUUAUGUGCUCUGAGUGACUUAAGUGUCAUUACCUGCCACGAGUCCAGCCAGGUGGGGACAAAGUUGGUUUUUGACCACAAAGGCCACCUAGUGCAGAAGACCCCUCAUCCUCGGCAACAGGGCACCACGGUCAGCCUGCAGCAGCUCUUUUCCACCCUGCCUGUUCGACACAAGGAGUUUCAACGCAAUAUUAAGAAGGAGUAUGCCAAAAUGAUACAUGUGCUGCAGUCCUACUGUAUCAUUUCUACAGGAGUGCGCAUUACCUGCUCCAACCAAAAUGGGCAGGGAAAGCGCAGCACAGUCCUCAGCACUAGUGGCAGCCAAAGUAUGAGAGACAACAUUGGAGCCAUAUUUGGACCAAAGCAGCUGCAGAGUCUUCUACCUUUCCAGCAAGUUUCUCCCACUGAAAAUGUUGUUGAAGAAUAUGGACUCAAGGAUGCAGAUCUACCCAAACAGCUUUUCUCGAUCACAGGUUUUGUGUCUCAAGGUGACCACGGUGUUGGGAGAAGCACCACAGACAGGCAGUUCUUUUUCAUUAACAAUCGGCCUUGUGACCCCCUGAAGGUGACCAAACUCGUAAACGAAGUGUAUCACAUGUACAACAGACAUCAGUAUCCAUUUGUUGCCUUGAACGUAGCUGUCGCUUCAGAGUGUGUGGAUGUGAAUGUAACCCCGGACAAGCGACAGAUUUUCCUUCAGGAGGAGAAACUCCUGUUGGCUAUUCUGAAGACCUCUCUCAUCGCCAUGUAUGAGGGUGGAGUCAAUAAGAUAAGCCUGAACUAUACACCUGCACCCAGCACCAAUGCAACAUCAACAUCUGAACCUUGCCGAACUGUCUUGUCUAACGAGAACAAGGCAGAACGUGAGGAGGACACAGAAUCUAUUAUUCUGAGCCCAAAGUCAUCCCUGAAUCUGGCCGGCCUAAAAGCUGCUUUUUCAAGUCAUUACAGUUCCAGUUCUGGGAAGUCGAGUAAGGAAAAAGCUUCCGGCAGUGGCACAACACAGAAAACACUGCAGUCUUUUUUUAAGGAUCCUGUAAAAACUUCUUCCUGCAACUCAAGUUUAAAAUCUCCAUUAAAAUACACAAGACAGCUGGAUAAAUGCUCGUCGGCAGGGAAGUCGGUGCUAGAUGGGUUUAGGUACCGAAUGAUGUCCUGCGAGGACACUGAUUCUCAAAAAGACAGUGCUGGGUCCAGUUGUAACACAGCUGAAGCAAAACCCGAUAUUCAGUUUUCUGACCUGGAGUCCAGUCCUCCAAAAGUGGACAGAACGAGUGUUAAUAAUGAAACUUUUAAAGAGACAUCAGGCAACAGUCACACUGUUCCCGAAGAUCCAGAGUUAGAGACUGAAGCAUGCACUCCUUAUGAGGACUCUGCUGUCAGCCCAGAGGCCAAGAGGGCCAGGAAAGACGAUCCACAUUUUCCUUCAGAAGAAGAAUCCAGCACUUUUUCAAACGCUGGUGAGAAACCUCCCUUGACAGUGGAUGCUCCAGUCUGCCUGCAGAGGAGGACUGUGCAUCUUCAGUUCUCUUUAGCAGAGCUUGCAAAGAAGACGAGGAAGUUACAGGACCAGCAGAAACAAAGGGCUGGGGAAGAGUUGCUGUACAGACGCUUCAGAGCCAAGAUCAAUCCAGGAGAAAACCAGAGUGCAGAAGAAGAGCUCAAGAAGGAGAUCAGUAAAGAAAUGUUUAAAGAAAUGGAGAUCAUCGGUCAGUUUAACCUGGGCUUCAUUAUCACAAAACUCAAGUCAGACCUUUUCAUGAUUGACCAGCAUGCCACAGAUGAGAAGUACAACUUUGAGAUGCUACAGCAGCACACCGUACUCCAAGGGCAGAAGCUCAUUGUCCCACAAAAACUUCACCUCACUGCAGUCAGUGAGAACGUACUCAUAGAGAACAUCAAGAUUUUCAGGAACAAUGGCUUUGAAUUUCUGAUUGAUGAGGACGCUCAGGUGAUGGAGAGAGUGAAGUUGGUCUCACUGCCCACCAGUAAAAACUGGACAUUCGGUCCAUCAGACAUCGAAGAACUGAUCUUCAUGCUGAGCGACAGUCCAGGGGUUAUGUGUCGACCAUCCAGAGUCAGGCAGAUGUUCGCCUCCAGAGCUUGUCGGAAAUCUGUGAUGAUCGGCACUGCUCUGAGUGUUAAUGAGAUGAAGAAGCUCGUGGUUCACAUGGGGGAGAUCGAGCAUCCAUGGAACUGUCCUCACGGCAGGCCAACUAUGAGGCACCUCGCUAACCUGGACGUCAUCUCACAAUACUGAGUCUGCAAAGGAAGAAACUGUUGGAGUAACUGAUUUAAGAUAACUCAAAUGUGUCCUCACUCCAGAUUACUUCUGUCAAACCACUCUUACGGUUUAUUGUAGAGUUAAAUGGUUUGUUAUUGAUUUAAUGUCAUGUUUAGUUGUGUUUAGAUUUUAAAAAUGUAUAUUACAUAUUAUAUUUUUUUAUUUUAGCAUACACUACACAGAACAAUAAAAAAAGA